AUGCAGAUGCAAGGCAAUGUCCAUCCUCAGCAGAUGGAAUGGCUCAUGCAGCAGCAGCAGCAGCAGCAGCAACACCCACAGUGCAUUUCACAGCCAUUCGCGUCGCGUGCCUACCACCUAGAGCCCAUGAACGCCCUGCAGCAGAGACAGCAGUGCGGUGGCGCGCAGGGAAUGAUGAUGGGACAGCAGGCUGGUGGCAGCGUGGCGGGCGGAGGCCUGCCAGCGUACGGCCCGGGGCCUAUGGUAAGGGAUAUGCAAAACGGAUACAUGAACCCGCUGCCAGCGGGUGCCGCUAGAAGCGGUGCCUACGGAACGCAUGGUGUGCCUGGUAAUAAUCCAAUGGGGCAUGGCGUGGCGGGCUACGCGGCGGGGAUGGGGGGAACGGGCACUUCGCAAAAUGGCAAUCCCCAUAAUUUCACUGCCGGCUUUGCUGGUGACACUUCUGGGUGGAACACCAUCAACUUCAACAGCAUCUUCAACAACGUAGUCGAUCCACAGGUGCAGCGAGCUGUUGCGGCGCAGGACGAUGGUAAACCGCUGCUGUUCCCUCCUGGGCACCUUCUUGCGCAGUAUCCACCCGAGUACCAGCAGCAGCUCGUCUUCUACUACCGCCUGCUUCGCUUGCAGUAUCCAGAGCUGUAUCAGCAGUAUGUGGACUACUACCAGAUGUACUAUGAGCCACUCUACUACCCCGCCCCAGUGCCGCCCCCAAAGGACGAUCUCCGCGUCAAAGAACCUCAGAAGCAGCAGCUACCGCCGCCACAGAUCAGUAUGCCACCACAGCAGCCAGUCAGUCCUCAGCCGGUGUAUUAUCCGCCGCCCGUAGAGCAACCCAAGCCCCAGAGUAACUUGCCUCGCACUGCAUCGAACCUCAGCGGAGGGCAGACACUGCAGAGCUCGCUGCGGCGGCAGAACUCAAUGCGCCGAAAUGAGGUCAACCAGCUUAAAAACGAGGGCGGUCUCAAGCGGCUGCCGAGUAUGCGGCAACGCUAG